AUGGUUGUUUCUCCACCCCCUAGUCUUGGUGUACUCAUCCUUAGGGAUGUUCCUGUCAAUACAGAAGUUGGAAUCGAUCUUAAAUCUUGGAAUGUCGGCCCUAAAUUUAUGGGGCUUAAAGAUAUUCCACUUGGAAUACACUUUGUUUACUUUAGUUCUGUUGAUAAAUCAAUGAUGUCUGGCCUGAGAGUUGGCUUUUUUCAUGUUUUUGACAAACCAGGCUUCGCAGUUUAUAGAUGGAACCCUUUGGAAGAAGGUUUUUUUAUUCGUAUUCUUUUUUUGUAG